AUGGCAAAUCAUAAACGGAUCCACGCAACUAAAAACUGCUGGAAUAGUAAAAUGGCACAGAAACGCAUUCAGAAGGAACUCAAGGAAUUCCAGAAGGAUCCUCCCAUGAACUGCUCCGGAGGGCCUGUGGGGGACGAUAUAUCUGUAUGGAGGGCAUGCAUCUUAGGGCCUAAGGAUUCUCCCUAUGAGUCUGGUAUUUUCUAUUUGAAUAUAUGCUUCCCCUCGGAUUACCCGUUUAAGCCACCCAAAGUGACCUUUGAGACGAAGAUCUUCCACCCGAACAUUUCCGAGGACGGCGUCAUCUGCCUGGACAUUCUCAAGAAAGAGUGGUCCCCAGUGCUCACCAUCGCCAAGAUACUUCUUUCCAUUUGCAGCCUUCUCGAUGACCCCAAUCCAGACGACCCUCUCAACUCUGCGGCUGCAAGGCUGUUGAAGACAGACAAGGAGAAUUACAUAAGGACCGUCAAGAAGUAUACGCUUGACUACGCCAGCAAAAAGUAA